AUGUCUUGGUAUCAGAACGGAGUCGAAGACACAACUGAUUCUUCAGUAACCACCGAAUUUCGGAGCGAGAAUGACAGUCAUCAAGUCGCCCUAACGACAUACAAAGUACGCGAUCUCGCUUCAUGUCUCGACUGCAUGACUCGUGCGCAACUCAUGGAGGUUCUCCAAACCGCAGGAGACAAUUACAUUGAAGUGCACAAGCUAGUGGAGGCGAAGGUAGCUGAAAGGAUGGAUGACAAGGCUCGAAUGUACCGCUGCGAAAUGAGCGAUGUGAUUUGCUUCAGGGGCUGUCUCGAAGCUGCCAGAACAGCAAUGGCUGAGGCAGAGAGUCGCGUUCAACUAUUGCGGACAUGGAACAGCUUGCCAGACAGUGGCAACGAUGACUUCACGAACAUGGUUCAACUCAUCGCUGAUCACUGUGGGGCGUUCGCGCACCCCAGAACCCGGGCUAACGGGCUUACAGUCCUCUGUGAGCUGUGCUACGUUCUGAUGGAUGUGGCUAGGGAUGACUUCUAUGAACAAGAUCGGAGUAAGUACGGCUGGGAUGUGAGUAUCGAAAACGCGAUGUUAGAGGUGGUCACCGCGAUGACACCCGCUGAGAAACAGGCUGUUGUCGACGAUGUUGACUUGUGGUCUGCUUUGCUUUAUGUAUAUGAGGAAUCCGAUGACCGGCUGUUCUGUGCGUUUAAAGAUGUGAUAGACGAGUUCCCUAAAGUGGCUAGUGAUGCUGAAGACGGGGGGGAAAACGAUGAAUUACGGUCUUUGUUUGAAGAGUCUGAUCAUGGUACAGGGCAGAACGAGGUGGACUUGUCGGAGGCUGAAUGA